UCGUCCAGGAAUUCAACUGAGUCGCAUUAUUCUUGAUUUGGAGUCUUUAUCAUUCAACUAAGCAAAGUCGAUGAAAAUAGGAAUUGGCCUACAAGAAGCAAGAUUUAAAAGAAAGCACGUCAGAGAGUUCACGCAAUUUUCGACGACGACCCGUUGCCCAGAAGAACACAGAGAAGAGAAUGGCAUCUAUUUACGGUCGGCCAUGGCGAGCUCUUCCUCUCCUAAUCUCAUCCUCAUAAACCAACUUCUUCCCAUACUUAAAAAACCUCGAAAGCUCUCCCAAAUUCUCCAAAUCCAUGCCCAAUCCAUCAUCAACUCCCUGCUACUACAGCGGUCCUUUGCAAGUCGACUCCUUUUUGCUUUGUCCCAACUUCCUAGCCAUUCAUCAUCGAAAUCUACAGCUUCCUAUGCAGAGCUCAUCUUCUUACAAAUCCAAAACCCCAACUCCUUUCUAUGGAAUACCAUAAUUAAGAUUCACGCACAGAGCUCAAAACCUUGCAAAGCCAUCCAUUUCUUCAUCCAAAUGCGGCGACAUGGCGUUGAUUUUGAUGAUUAUACAUACCCUUUUGUUCUCAGUGCCUGCAGCUCGAUCCCAGGGCUCGAGCAAGGUAUUGCCAUUCAUGGAGAAUUGCUGAAAAGAGGAGUUGAGGCGGAUUUGUUUGUGAGGAACUGUUUAAUUACUUUGUAUUGCAGGAACGGUGAGAUCUCCCUGGCUCGGAAAGCUUUCGAUGGAUUCGAAGCUAAGGAUUUGGUCUCCUGGAACUCAAUGAUGGCUGGAUAUGCAGGUUGCGGUCAAAUGGUUGAAGCACAGAAACUGUUUGAUGAAAUGCCUGAAAGGGACAAUUUCUCUUGGGCCAUCUUGAUUGAUGGAUACGGCAAGAGGACUGGAAACGUUGAGCGUGCUCAGCUGCUGUUCGACGAACUUCAUUCAAAGGAUAUAGUCAUCUGGAAUUCAAUAAUCAACUGUUAUGCUGGUGCAGGAAACAUGAGCAUGGCUCGAGAACUGUUCGAUAAAAUGCCAAAAAGGAAUGUGAUUUCAUGGAGUAUCCUAAUUGAUGGUCAUGUUCGACAUGGUGAUCCAAAGGAAGCCCUGAUCCUCUUUCAGCAAAUGCUCCGGUACGGCACGAAGCCUGAUAGAGUUGCAGCGCUCGGCGCGAUCGCAUCAUGCGCUCAAUUGGGUGCACUUGAUCAGGGAUGCUGGGUCCAUUCCUAUCUGAAAAAGAACAAAUUUUUUCUCGAUGACAUCAUCCUAACAGCCUUGAUUGAUAUGUACAUGAAAUGUGGGAGCUUGGAAGUGGCAAGAAGGCUUUUUGAGAAGAUAAACAAUAUAAGUGUUGUGGCUUGGAAUGUGAUGAUAGUAGGACUUGGGAUUAAUGGUCAUGAAAUUGAGGCUGUUGAGGUUUAUCACAGAAUGAUAAGAGAAGGUGCAUUCAUGGAUGACUUAACUUUCCUUGGUGUCCUCACAGCCUGCAGCCAUGGAGGCUUGGUCAGUGAAGCAAUGAGGAUAUUUAGCAGAAUGAGGAAUGAUUUCAUGAUUGAGCCUAAACUGGAACAUUAUGGUUGCUUGGUUGAUCUCCUUGGCCGUGCAGGGAGAUUAACUGAAGCUUUCGGCGUUAUAAAGAUCAUGCCCAUGGAACCCACUGCAACCUUUUGGGGCUCACUUCUUGCAGCUUGUCGAAAGCAUAGGUGUGUGGAGUUGGCAGAGCUUUCUGUUAGAAAGCUUGUCAGUCUUGGAGCGGAUGAUUGUGGCGUUUAUGUGCUGAUGUCUAAUGUUUAUGCAGAUAAAGGUAUGUGGGAUGAUGUGUGGAGGAUGAGAAGGUUGAUCAGUGAAAGAGGGAUGAAUAAGGAGAUUGGAAGGAGUGUGGUGGAGGUUGAUGGGAUUGUUCAGGAGUUUGUGAGCGGGGAUUGCUCACAUCUUAGAGAGAGAAUUUAUGAAGUCAUAUGGAGUUUGUCUCUUGCAUUAGAUUGGAGUAAUUAGGCAUCCACUUUGCUAUUAGGUUUAAGUAAAUAGUAUUUGCCUGAUAAAUGUAUUUUAAAUUCUUGAAGGUCCCAUCAAUUUGGACUUGGGAAAAUUUUUAGACUAAGCAUAAUUAAUACUUGUAUUAAACAUUUAAGAUUGUUUAAAAAAUUAAAGUAGGAAAAGUCGUCAUUUAAACGAGCAACUUAUGCUGAUUAGGCACUGCUAAAUCAGCUAGUCGUUAUCAUAAGAAAAUUAGGUUUAAUAUAAGUCGCCGAAAUAAUCUGUGACUUAUGUUAGUCGUCCAUUCAACAUGUGACUUACAUUAUGAAUUUAAAAAAGAAGAAGAAGAAAUUGUUAUGUGA